AUGGCCACCCUUGGCUCGGAGCCGACUGAAAACGACUCGUUGGAGAGUGGAAAAGUGGAGGAAGUGGUCGAAGAACCCGUCUAUCGGAGGGAAUCAUUUGCCGCGUUGAGGAGGAUCGAAAUUCAAGAAUUUUGUAUCAUAACCACAAUUCUUACAAUCUGGCGUGCCGUGGACGUUGUUUUCGACGAAGUUCGUGUUUUGAACAACGUGGCUCCCCGUCAACUGCGUGUCGUCACUCUAAACGCGUGGUGUCUCCCACAACCAUGGCCAAUCGGAUCGACGGAUCGAGUUCAUCGACUCAAUAAAAUUGGUGAAUACAUGAUAGAAGAGCUCUACGAUAUCGUCGGUCUCCAGGAGUUGUGGUCCUACCACGAUUUUGUGAAACUCUCCGAACAAUGCUCCUCAGUUUAUCCGUAUUUUCAUUAUUUUCAUUCGGGAUUCACUGGUUCCGGUGUCUGCGUCUUCUCACGUCAUCCGAUUGUCUCCACGUUGACUUCUCGAUAUUCGCUGAACGGAUUCGCUCAUCAUAUUCAUCGUGGCGAUUGGUUUGGUGGAAAAGUCGUCGGUCUGACGGAAGUGGAGAUUGAUGGAGAUCUACGUGUCAAUUUCUAUACGACACACUUACAUGCUGAGUAUGAUAGGGAGAACGAUUUGUAUCUGCCACAUCGCACGUCACAGAGUUUCGAACUCGCCCAAUUCGUGCGUCACACCUCGCGAAGCGCCGACGUCGUCAUAGUGACUGGAGAUCUGAAUAUGGAACCGUGUGAUCUUGGAUUCCGAAUGAUUCUCUCACACGCGAAACUAUUCGAUGCGUGGAGAAUGAGUCAUGAAGUGGAGAACGAUGAGGCAGAUGGAGGAGAAUUGUUGAAACACCGAGGAAUUGCCAAAGGAGGCACUUGUGAUCGACCCGAUAAUUGUUAUACGAAACGGGCGUUGAAAUUGGCGGACGAAAGCAAACGAAUCGACUACAUUCUAUUCAAAUCGGGUCGUUGCAAUGUCAAAUUGGAGGAAUGUGAGAUCACACUGAAUCAGAUUCCCGGGGAUGAGAGAGAGAUGAACUAUUCGGAUCACGUUGGAUUACGUGCUCGAUUCACGAUAGACGAUCGAUUUAGACAUGAGAGAUCAGUUAACACGUGGGAACCAAAUCGUCCAUUGCUUAUCGAGGCGAUUGGAAUUGUGUCUGGAGGGGAGAGACGCGCGAGAACCGACAGAAUAUUCUUUCUGAUUCUCGCUGCGAUUUGUUUGAUUCUGAUUCUCGGAUCGCUGUUCUUCGAAGUGUUUCCUAUGGGUUUCGCUGUUUUGAGAUUCGCGUUAACGGUGCUCGGCGUUUUCUUCGUUUGGCAGGGACUUAUUGGGUUGACGUUGGAGAGGAAGGCGUUGAAAGCGGCCAAACAGGCGAUGCAACAGAUUUUGAAUAAUUGA